AUGGUGGCACGCAUUCCCGCUCUAGUCUUGGUCAUGAUGUGUCGGGGCGUCUUGCUCUCUGUAGGCGACCCACCUCAGUCCCGCCGAGAGAUCCGUAUCGAGGGCGACCUGGUGCUCGGCGGCUUGUUCCCCGUGCACGAGAAAGGUGCUGGGAUGGAAGAGUGUGGCCGUGUGAAUGAGGACAGAGGGAUCCAGAGGCUGGAGGCCAUGCUGUUCGCCAUAGACAGAAUCAAUAUGGAUGACACUUUGCUGCCUGGGGUCUCCCUUGGGGUCCACAUCCUGGACACCUGCUCCAGAGAUACCUAUGCACUGGAGCAGGCUCUGGAGUUUGUAAGAGCCUCCCUCACCAAAGUGGACGACACAGAGUUCAUCUGUCCAGAUGGAUCUUAUGCUCUGCAGGACGACAGCCCACUCGCAAUCGCCGGAGUCAUAGGAGGCUCCUUCAGCAGCGUUUCCAUACAGGUUGCCAAUCUUCUCAGGCUGUUCCAGAUCCCUCAGAUAAGCUAUGCGUCGACAAGUGCCAAGCUCAGCGAUAAAACCCGCUAUGAUUACUUCGCCCGCACAGUGCCCCCUGACUUCUACCAGGCCAAAGCCAUGGCCGAGAUCCUCCGGUUCUUCAACUGGACAUACGUGUCCACCGUGGCAUCAGAGGGUGAUUACGGUGAAACUGGUAUAGAAGCCUUCGAGCAAGAGGCACGCAUGAGGAACAUCUGUAUCGCCACUUCAGAGAAGGUGGGGCGUUCUAAUGCUAAGAAGUCCUAUGAAGCUGUGAUCCGUCAGCUCCUCCAGAAGCCGAAUGCCCGAGUGGCUGUCCUCUUCUUGCGCAGUGAUGAUGCCAGAGAGCUGCUGGCAGCUGCUGCCAGGCUUAACACCUCCUUCAUCUGGGUGGCCAGCGAUGGCUGGGGUGCACAGGAAAGCAUUGUCAAGGGAAAUGAGGUCACCGCUGAAGGAGCCAUCACACUUGAGCUGGCAGCCAAUCCCGUGCCAGAAUUCAACCGCUACUUCCUCAGCUUGAAUCCGGUCAAAAACCAUCGUAAUCCCUGGUACAGGGAAUUCUGGGAGCAGCGUUUCCAGUGCUCCCUGGGCGGUGGUGGUACAGGAGGAGGUGGAGGUGUUGGACUGGGAGAGACGCCUCCUCACCCGCCGUGUGACAAGGACUUGUCAAUGGACAAGAGUAACUUUGAACCAGAGUCAAAGAUCAUGUUUGUGGUGAACGCGGUGUACGCUAUGGCUUAUGCCCUUCAUAAUAUGCAACGGAGUCUUUGCUUCAACACCACCAAGCUGUGCGACAGCAUGAAGGCCCUGGAUGGGCGCAGACUCUACAGGGAUUACAUCCUUAAUGUCAGCUUCACAGCCCCUUUCUCUCCACCGGGCAGUGAGACAGUUGUAAAAUUUGAUUCCCAGGGGGACGGCAUGGGCCGAUACAACAUCUUCAGUUACCAGCGAUCUGGCGAUCGUUACGGUUACGUGCCAGUAGGUGAAUGGGCAGAGAGUCUGAGUCUGAGUAGUGAUCUGAUUCACUGGCCCAGAGAAGUGGUGCCCACCUCGCAGUGCAGCGACCCCUGUGAACGUAAUGAGAUGAAGAAAAUGCAGGCAGGUGAGUACUGCUGCUGGAUCUGUACAGCCUGCGAGCCUCAUGAAUACCUGGCUGAUGAGUUCACCUGCUCGCCAUGUGCUCCUGGCCAGUGGCCCACUGAUGACCUGACGUCCUGUUAUGACCUUCCUGAGGACUAUAUUAUGUGGGAAGAUGCCUGGGCCAUUGGUCCAAUUACUAUCGCGUGUGUAGGGUUCAUGUGCACCGGCCUGGUGUUCUGGGUGUUUAUCCGACACAACAACACACCACUGGUGAAAGCUUCAGGCAGGGAGCUGUGUUACAUUCUACUCUCAGGAGUCUUCAUGUCCUACGCCAUGACUUUCCUCUUCUUAGCCAAACCUUCUCCUGCCAUCUGUGCCCUGCGACGCCUGGGCCUGGGCACGUCGUUUGCUGUCUGCUACUCCGCCCUCCUCACCAAAACCAACAGAAUUGCCAGGAUUUUCAAUGGCGUGAAAGACGGAGCGGGUGCAGCGAGGCCACGCUUCAUUAGCCCAUCCUCUCAGGUCUUCAUCUGUCUGAGUCUAAUCUCCGUCCAGUUAGUGAUGGUGUCAGUGUGGCUGCUGCUGGAGGUCCCCGGGACACGGCGCUUCACGUUGCCAGAGCGACGGCAGACUGUCAUCCUCAAAUGUAACGUACGCGACUCCAGCAUGCUUCUGUCGCUGGGAUAUGAUGUGCUCCUGGUCAUCCUGUGUACUGUGUAUGCCUUCAAGACCAGGAAGUGCCCAGAGAACUUCAACGAGGCCAAGUUUAUUGGAUUCACAAUGUACACCACUUGUAUAAUCUGGCUGGCCUUUCUUCCCAUCUUUUAUGUUACAUCAAGUGAUUACAGGGUUCAGACCACUACUAUGUGUAUCUCAGUCAGCCUGAGUGGCUUUGUGGUCCUGGGCUGUAUGUUUGCACCUAAGGUCCAUAUCAUCAUGUUCCAGCCCCAGAAGAAUGUGACCAGCCACAGGCUUAACCUCAAUCGCUUCAGUGUCAGUGGGGCUGCCACCACAUACGCAUCUCACGCUUCUGUCAGUGCCCACUACGUACCAACCGUGUGCAACGGGAGAGAAAUCGUCGAUUCCACUACUUCCUCUCUGUGACCACAUACAGUCC